GUCAAUACAACGUACUCUUAGUUUGGGAUUAUACGACAAUAUUAAUUGAACAGUUUUAAAUCUUUAGAACAAACCACUCGUGUUUUAGGAAAUAGCCUUAAGUCUGUCUUAGACAGAAAUUGAAUUAUUUUGAAAUUUAUCUCGAUUUUGACACGUUCAGAAAACAUAAAAGUUAGGGUUUUGUUUUGAAAAUUUCAAAGUAACCCAAUACACAAAGAAUUUAUCUUUACAGGUCUUAUCAGAUUUACCUGUUCAAGGUGUUAGUGAUUACAGGUGUUAGAAAGAUUCAAAUCAGGGUACAGUUACUUCCAUAGGGUUAUCAGAUUGGUACAAAGUUGACAUCUUAGUUUUUUCCUACAGUCUCGGAUCAAUAGUUUGGAAUUAAAAUACUUUAACUUUGUUACAAAGUGGUUUUGACUUUUAUUAUAUUCGUAUGAACAUGUGAAAAUUUUAAUGAUCUCUACAUGAUUUAAAAUAUUUAGUUGGAUUAUAGACAGUCAUUAUAAGGAUGUCCUCUAAUGGUUCACGUUUUAACCGUGGAAAUGGAAGUGACAUUAAGGAUGUAUGUAAAAUAGCAAUAGUGGGAUGUGCAGGCGUUGGAAAAACAGCGAUAACAGUGCGUUAUCUGACGAAACGUUUCAUUGGUGAAUAUUGUCCAACAUUAGAAAGAAUUUAUAAAUGUUCUUGUAAGGUAGACGAUGAUGAUGUACGAUUAGAAAUACUGGAUACGGCAGGACAGUCAAAAGAUGCUUGGAAAGAUGGCUAUGCUUACUGGGCAGAUUGUUUUAUGUUUGUUUAUUCCAUAACGGACAGACAAAGCUUUGAUGAGAUAAUUAGACUCAAAAGACUCGUUGAACAAGUGAAAAACUCGACAUCAGUCAUAGGAAUUCUGGUUGGAAAUAAAUGUGAUCUCUUACAUGACAGACAAGUUCCCGCCAAUGAAGCUACCGAACUGGCAGACGAGAUCGGAUGUCAAUUCUGUGAAGUGUCGGCUGCUGAUUGGACGGAUGUAGCUUCAAUAAAAAAUUUAUUCAAAACAUUAGUGAAGGAUUUACGGAAAACACGGACUGUGAAAGAAGGAAGACAGAGAAAACAAAGUUCUUCAGUGAAAUUUAAACAGGCUAUACAAAAGGUUAUUUCUGGAAAGACACCUGCCAAAAGAACAUUAAGCGCAUAAUAUAAUAGUUUGUUACAGUCAAUAAGAUACCACAGCCACAGCCGUCCUAUGUAGUCAUCAAUCAUGAAAACGAGCAUUCCAUCAAAAUUUGAAAAAAUAUUGUAUGUUCACUUAACUAUACAAUUAAAGUUUUCAGUGUUACACUACGGCACUUCUAAAACUUACGUAACAUGUUACCAUGUCAGAUAGUAAGGUUUUCUACUUAAUGGUACUCCAGAAUAAAGGUGAACACUUUGAUGUGAAAUUGGAAUAAUUUAAAUGCUAUUUAUUGUUAAUCUUAUCUUUAUUAUGCACAAUUGCCAUCGCAGAGCACAAUUUGAGAUAUAGAAGGAAGCUUUUAAGCGUCACAAUUGCCAAUAACUUGCUCCAUUAAAUAUAUUACAGAUCUUUUUAUCCUCAUCAAAGGGGUCUGUGAAAAAUAAGUGCUUGAUAUUUAUUAUCAGUAUGUAAGUGUUUUAUAAUUAAUAAGUGCAAUUACAAAUUUCACCACAUUGCUUUUUUCAUCAACAUUCAAACCUUUUAACUUUUAAUACAAUCUCGAAGGUAAUUGUUAUAACGAUCCAAGCUGAUUUCAGCAGCUAAAUUUACAUCAACAGCUUAAAAAACGGUACGUAAUUACUUAUGUCGAUUCUACAAAUCUCUUUUUACCUACGAUUAAGUUUCCGAAAGUACAGUUAUAUAUAGGCCUGAUGACUU